ACAGGCUUAUGCUUUUUUUUCCUGCUCUUUGGGCGGAGCCGGACACUGUCAUCGACUACCUGACGACAGGUGAGGUAGUCGUAGUCGCAAGUGGGAAAACACGGAGCGCGUCGUCCAGCUAAAAUGUCUCCGAUAAAGAACUUCAGAGUGAUUUAUGAAGCUCUCAACAAUGAGCACACGUUCACUGCGGGAGAUGUUGUUGUGGGCGCAGUCACCUUCACUUUAACAGAAGAGACCAAACUGAAGAAACUUAAGGUGAAAGUCAAGGGGGAAGCGCGCGUCCACUGGUCGGAGGGGACUGGAGAAAGGAAGAGAUCUCACAGUGCGCACACCAGCUACUUCAAAGCCAAGGAAUACUUAGCAGAAGAAGGCACUGUGCUUCCCCAAGGAGCCCACUCUUUUAACUUCAAGCUUAAAAUUCCAGAGGGGGAUAUGCCGUCAUCCUUCAAGGGUUUACAUGGAAAGAUUGUCUACACACUUGAGGCCAAAUUGUCCAGGAGCUGGAAGCUAUCUUCUUUUGAACAAACAGAGCUAAAGUUUGUGUCAAAGUCUCUAACACACCAUGGCCAACUAAUGUGUCCUCAAACUGGUUCAGUGGAUAAAGAAGUUGGGGUUUUCUCCAAAGGACAGGUCCACAUGUCUGUUACCGUUGACAGGAAGGUUUGCUCUCCAGGUGACACUUUAUCUAUUGUUGCCAAAAUCUGCAACUCUUCCUCCAAAGAAAUGACGCCCAAAUUCAGCUUAGAGCAGAAGAUCGUGUACCGUGCCCAUGCCUCCACUACAUCCAGUGGCCUACGUAUGUGCAAAAUGGCUGGAGACACAAUAAAAAGCCACUCAGAGCAAACUGCCUCCUGCCAACUGAAGAUUCCUGUCGAUGCCAUCUUCAGUCUGCAUAACUGUGAUAUCAUCUCAGUUGAGUAUUACCUCAAGGUGUAUCUGGACAUCAGUUUUAAAAUUGACCCAGAGGUGAGGCUUCCUCUGCUCAUUGUUCCUUCUAGCUUUGUUCUCCGUCAGCCUGGUGAGGCAGCAGGGCCUUACCCAGCUGGGGCUGUUGGGGCUCCGAGUUACAGCGACUUCCCUCCCCCUGCCUUCCCUGGUGGACCUUAUCCAGUACCUGCAGGUCCAAGUGCUUAUGGAUACCCAGCACCAGAUCCCACUCAGUAUGCGAACGCAGCAAGUGGCUAUAACAGUCAGUGGCCACAACAGGUUGCUCCAUUUGGUUUUUCAGCUGCAGCUUUUCCACCACCCUCAAUGCAACAUCAAGCCCCCACUGCACCACCUGCAUUUCAACAGGGAGAACUUCCAACCUAUUCGUCCCUUUUUCCUGCUUCUCACGACACAGAGUCAGAUAAAAAAUGCUGAGUUUCCAAAAAACACAAAUAUCCUGGGAAGAAGAUGAGAGCUUUUACACUCUACUAUAAUUUUGUUUUUUCACUUGGUUCUUUUCUUUUAAUACUGGUUAUUCAUUCAUAGCAAUGUGCAACAAAUUAUUUUAUGCUCUUUAUUUCAAGCGGGUCUUAUCCUACAUCAAGCUCAAAGCUGGAGUUGGUAGCAUUGGAGAAACCAGUGAGAUUUUGAGCAUCAACCCAAAAAAGUUCCACCUCCUCCUCUCACAACUUCCUCCAAAACACAUAAACAUACACUGCCUGACUAGACUGACUGCUCUGUAGGUCCACCUGGUAAACUUGUAUGAGUGGCCAGUUCACUGUGUUCCACAAGCUCUAUUAGCAAUAACAAACAGGAGAUAUUGGCGGCACUGAAGCAUUACACAAACUGACUGAUUAAUAACAGGGCAUGCAUUACAUUUUCCCCAACCUCGUAUGUUCUGUUGAAGAAUCAAUGUUGUGUGGAUUGUAUAUUGAAAAUGUUAAUACCCAAUAAAUAAGUCACCAAAAAAGCCACU